AUGGUUGCCGUUCCACAACUAAGCAGUUUUGAACAUUUUGCAACUAAGCUCUACGAUCUGGCUGUCACAUUGCAUAAUUGGAGUGAUUAUUUUUAUCAUAUAUUAGUAAUUGGUGAAGUCGCUGUUGGUGAAGCUUCGGUAAUAAUAGCGACUGCCUCUCCACACCGGAACGAUGCAAUUCACGCGACUGAAAUGGCUAUCGAUGAAUUGAAGCGAACUGUUCCUAUCUGGAAAAAGGAGGUGUACGACGAUGGUGGAUGUUCAUGGAAGGAGAAUGGUGAGUGGUGUGCAAUCAAUAGGGACGGUGAUUCUACAGAGGAGAAGAGCUUUGCAGAAGCCAGCAGAACGAGGGAUGCAAAUCGCAAGGUGUUUUGGUUGAAGCAAAUGGUCAAACAGAUGACAAAACAAUCAUGA